CAUUACUUCACUAUCUUCCCCCCACCAUAACUUCUUGAUUCACUUCCUUCGCACUGCGGUGACUCUCUGCUUUGCUGCUGCCUGCACAAGCUAUGGCCGCUUCGUGAAAUCAAGAUUCGUGAUUCGCGAAGAUGCUUCUGAUUCAUGGAGCAGCACCGGCUGUUCUGUUUUCGUCGGCGUCGGCGUCGGUUGAGACCGUUGUCUUCGGCACCACAACUCCUCAGAGACGUUUGUGUAAACGUUAUUCGACCAAAUUGUGUCAGCGGCAGCGGCCAAGCUCCCCGUCCUCGGAAUCGCUCAAUUUGAAGUCACUUACCUCCCGCGUCGUCCAGCUCACGCGCCGGCGACAGCUUGCUCAGAUAUUUGAGGAAAUAGAGAUUGCAAAGCAGCAGCUUGGGAAACCAAACAUAUUUGUGAUGAAUGCUGUUCUGCAGGCUUGUGUUCAUUGCAAUGACAUUGAAUCAGCUCUUAGAGUGUUUGAUGAAAUGUCAAAGCCUGAGGGCUGUGGGGUUGAUGGUGUUACCUAUGGCACACUUUUGAAGGGUUUGGGCAAUGCUCGGAGAAUUGAUGAAGCAUUUCAGGUUCUGGAGUCUGUGGAACAAGGUACUGCUGUGGGCAGUCCAAAGUUGUCUGCUGCACUUAUUUGCGGACUCUUGAAUGCUUUGAUUGAAUCAGGGGAUCUCCGGCGUGCUAAUGGACUUCUUGCAAGAUAUGGUUAUGCGUUUCAAGAAGGGGGAAGUCCAUCAAUUUGGAUAUUCAAUUUGUUGAUGAAGGGAUAUAUAACUGCUGGUUAUCCUCAAGCAGCUUUAGCAGUACAUGAUGAAAUAUUGAGAUUUGGACUUAACCCUGAUAGAGCCAGCUACAAUACUCUAAUUUUCGCAUGUAUCAAGCAAGAAAACUUAGGAGCAGCGAUGCUAUUACUUGAGCAAAUGAAGGAUAAAGCACAGAACAAUGUCAGUGAUGUUUCCCCUGACCUUGUUACCUACACUACAUUACUUCAGGGUUUUGGGCAUGCCAAAGAUAUUGAUUCUCUGGAAAAGAUCUGGAUAGAAAUGAAAUCAUGCAAGAAAUUGCGUAUAGAUCGUGUUGCAUAUGGUGUCAUUAUUGAUGCUCUUCUUAACUGUGGCUCAACCAAAGGAGCACUUUGUAUUUUUGGGGAGAUAUUGAAACAAGCUGAAAUCAACCCGGCAGUGAGGCCAAAGCCUCACCUCUUUCUGUCAAUGAUGCGUGCAUUUUCUGCUAGAGGAGAUUCCAGCAUGGUUGGAAGACUUCAAAAACGCAUGUGGUUUGACUCGUGUGGAACAAUUACCUUGGCAAUGCAAGUGGAAUCUGAUCAUCUUUUAGUGGAGGCAGCUUUAAAUCAAGGCCGUUUUGACUUGGCUGUACAAAAAUUUAAGAAGAUUGUGCGCAAAUGGAGGACCAUACCAUGGGGCAGUCGAAGUGGCAUGGUUGCUUUACGCCUCGAGGCAUUGAUGGGUUUAAACACUUCGAUACUGAGCCCUCGUGUACUUCCUGAGGUAUCACUUGGAGUUGCAAUUGAACACAUCAUGAUUCCGUUUAGUGAAGCUUCACCACUUCAAGCUACAUCACAAUUGAAGCAAGUGGUGAUGCGUUUCUUUAAGGAUCCUGUUGUGCCAGUCAUAGAUGAGUGGGGGGGUUGUGUGGGGAUCCUGCACCGUGAAGACUGUGAUAGGCUGGAUGCCCCAGUUUCAUCCCUCAUGAGAAGCCCCCCUCCUUGUGUUACAAGUUCAACAUCAGUCGGUUACGUUAUUGAUCUUAUGUUAGAGAAGAGAUACAAGAUGGUAGUGGUUGUCAAAUACCGUGACUUUCAUGGGAUAUCUCCUACCUCAAGUUUGAGAGCAUUGGGAGUUUUUACACAUCAACAGCUGUGUAAGCUUACCAGAAAUUCCGAGACAACGCUUGAGCAAUUUCAGCAGUCAAAAAAGAUUUCAAAUAUUUUAGAGCUAUUUCUGGCUUUGGUGGCACAUUUUCUGGUUCUUUCUUGUGCUCCUCGACAGUUAUUUCUGGCUUUGGUGGCACAUUUUCGGGUUUCUGGGAAGCAGUCGUCUUCCCUGACGAUGAAGAAGGGCGAAGGGGCGGUGGAUUAGUCGAUCCAUAUGCAGUUUUUUGUGUUAAAGAUGGUAUUACUGAUGGAUUUGUCUUCCUUUCGAGAGGUGGUUUUGUUCUGUUAAGUGCAGGGGUGUUAAUGGAAGAUGGUUUCUUGACGAGACGCUUAGAUGCAUCAAUGGUGGUGGGUGGCUGGAUCUUCGAAGGAUUGAUUUGGGUGGUAGAGGGCGACGUUUUGGUGGAUGUCGGAGAAGGACAAGGUGUUGCCCUCUUCUCCUUCCCCGGUAAAAUGUCUCUUCUUCUUGUUGUCAUUUAAUGAUUAUUUACCUGCAUUCGUCGUAGAAAAAAAUAGUUCGUAAAUUAAGUUUAACCAGAGCGAGCCGUAUUUCGUGUUCUUCGAUAGUUUGUAUGCAUGCUUAGGCUAAGUUUCUAGAUUGGAUUUUGUCUUUCUGAAUGAAUCUGAAAUAGGGAAAAGAAAACAUUGGAUGGACUUAACAAGAUUUCAUUUUAAAGGA